AUGGACCGUCAUGAUGUGGUCCAUUUGGAUCCUGACCUCGGCCCAAUGAAGCAGCCAAAGUUGGAUAGCAUCGGAGAUGAUCUUCGCGACCUUGACGUCUUCGAUAUCUCGUCCCGUCUUCCAGUUACUAUCGGUAUCGAUGUUGUCGGCGAAGUUGUCGAACACGGUCCUCAGCCUUCGAAUACCCAAGUGCCAUCUUCUUAUCCUGCCGUUGGGACCAAAGUCCUCUUUCAAGGCAAUCUCCGCCGCCCUCACGCUGGUGGCCUAGCCUCCUUCGUUCUCGCCAAUACCGAAUAUCUGAUACCCGUUCCUGAGACAAUCUCCGUUGUCGAGGCUGCGACCCUUGUAACGAAUCCUUUCACUGCGGCUCUUUCUGUGUUCCAUCGAUCUGGCCUUGAUUUCCCCUUUCCCGGCAUGGACCCAAUCAUUGAAUACCAUAGCGCUCACGUGGUUGUCCUCGGCACCGGUACUACCGUCGGGUCUCUCGUCGUUCGGCUUGCGUCCAUUGCUGGUAUCGGAACCAUCAUAACCACCUCUUCAGAGUCAUCUUUCGCCUUUCUUCGAGCUUUGGGUGCAACCCAUGUCAUCGACCGGUCGACCCCUUCCAUUGCCGCCACAGUCCAAUCCAUCUUGGGGUCUUCAGUCAUCAAUGUCGUCGAGGCUUACGCGUCUGGUCAUCCAACCCUUGCUGUCCCUCUCUUCGAGGUGUCCGGUGUUUCAGGCACCAUCAUCAUGUUGGCAUCCUCCACUGGCGCCGACACUGCCGCCCUGGCCGAUAAGGGCAUCUCCUUGCACAACGUCUACGGCUCUUUCGAAGCUCAUCCAAUCGUGUUCCAACGAUGGGCCACCGCCCUUCCGAAGUGGUUGUCGACUGGCGACAUGGUCGUUCUCCCCCAUAGAGUUAUCCGAGGUCUCAACCCCCAAGCCGUCAACGCCGCACUUGAUGACAUUGGCAAGGGUGGCGGGGAUGAUGGGGAGGAGGCACGAGAUAUAUAG